AUGGCACCCCAGACAAUGAAGCGUUACAUUCUCGCCCACCGGAAUGGCAUCGACGGGCUCAACCUCGAGACGGACGCGCCUGUUCCCGAAUUGAGAAGCUCAACUGAUGCGAGUCUCAAUAUCAAGUGCCUCUCAAUCAAUGCUCGCGAUCUCCAGAUUGUCACUGGCGACUAUCCGGCGCCGCACGAGGUCCCGCAGGACUGUGUCCCUAUCUCUGAUGGGAGCGGUGUAGUGGAAGCUGUCGGUAAGGAUGUCACGCUUUUCAAAGUGGGCGACAAGGUCUGCCCUGUAUUCCCUCAGGGACAUCACUGGGAAGAGGACAUGAAGCUGCGCUCGCUCAAGCGAGGUCUGGGCGGAGCUAUCGACGGUGUCGCUCAAGAGUACUUUGUCUGCGACGAAGAAGAGGCGGUCAUGAUGCCCUCCAACUUUGAUUAUCGCGACGGCUCGACUUUGUCGGUCGCUGCCACUACUGCUUGGUCCUCCCUCUUCUCCCACACUCCCGCUCUUCAGUCCGGCCAAACCGUCCUAUGUCUCGGUACCGGCGGUGUCUCGCUCUUCGCAGCCCAGCUCGCUCUCGUCGCCGGCGCUCGUGUCAUCCUCACCUCUUCGUCUCAGACCAAGCUGGACCGAGCCGUCGGACUCCUCACUCCCCUCAUUCACCCCUCCGCUCCCAAAGAUACCUCGCUCCAGACGAUCGACUACUCCAAAAUUGACAACUGGGACCAAAAAGCUCGCGAGCUGAACGGCGGACAGGGCGUGGACUUUGUGAUUGAGAUUGCGGGCAGGGGUACAAUUGGGCGGAGUAUCAAGGCGACAAGGAUGGCUGGGCUGGUGGCUGUCUCUGGUUACAUGAGCGACUACAAGCCAAUCCCCAAGCACAUUCUCGAAGAGGAUCUCGCCAAGCUGAUUUUGUACUCUGCUGCCAGCGUCCGCGGUGUCUUUGUCUGCAACCGAGAGGAGUUCAAGCAGAUGAACAGGGCUCUCGAGGUCGGAGGCGUCAAGCCAAUCAUCGACAAGGUGUUCAAGUUCGAAGACCUGAAGGAGGCGUACCAGUACAUGGCGGAUGGGAAGCACUUUGGGAAGAUCUGUGUCGAGUUUUAG